AUGAUUCCCUACUUUACCGAGGGCGAGGGGUCACAUCCAAAUGACCCAGCAAGAAGCCCAAUUUAUGGAAACGAUCAACUUGCUAGGAAGCGCCUGGGUUUGCCUUUCGUCCUAUUUUCCGUAAAUAAAAUCGGACGAAAAAAAUCCAUGCUGAUAGCCUCGUUUCUCGGAUCCCUUUGUUGGCUGACUCUUAUUUUCGCGCCGAACAAAGAAGUUAUAUAUGCCGCUCGAUUUUUCGCAGGAAUGGCCGGAGACAUGUGCUUUGUUGCGGCACCGAUGUACGUUGCCGAGAUAGCUCACCAUCGAAUCAGAGGCUUUCUAUCUGCUUUAAUAUAUCUGAUGAUGCUGCUCGGAGUUAUCAUUGUAUAUACUACAGGAGCAUAUGCGCCAUAUUAUGUUCCACCCCUAAUAGGAAUCGUUUUAACGGUAUGCCAAUGUGUUUUCUUCCCAUUUAUGCCAGAAUCUCCUUAUUAUUUCGUCUAUGUCAACAGAAUAAAUAACGCUAGAAAAGCAUUACAAAAAUUACGACGGUCUUCAGGUGUAGAAACUGAACUAAACGAGAUAAAGAAAUCAGUUGAAAGACAGCAACACGAGAAAGGAAGAAUUCAAGAUCUGUUCUUAAACAAAAACAACCGAAUUGCGUUGAUAAUAAUGACAGUGUUGAAUCUUGGUCAACAUUAUUCAGGAAUAACUAUAAUGGUUAUGAAUCUACACACCAUUUUGGAAGAAGCAGGAUCAACGUACAUUAACUCUUCAGUUGCUGCUAUUAUUUCUUCCGUCAUUAUGUUGGUCGGAGGAUCAACAGCAUCUGUGAUAAUAGAUAAAUUUGGACGAAAAUUUCUUUUAAUAACGUCAAGUAUAAGUACCGGAAUAGUGUUAACGUCAAUUACAGUUUUCUAUCAAUUAAAGUACAGUGGUUAUGAUGUAAGUAGGAUUAGUUGGAUCCCAGCGGUUGCUUGUAUGCUAUUUGCUGCAACUUUUAAACUAGGCCUAGGUUUAGUUCCGAUAGUAUUAACCGCAGAAAUAUUUCCUACUAAUAUUAAAGCGAUUGGUAUGACUGUUGCUGAAAUUUGGUAUAUUGUAGGAGCUGUAACAUCAGUAAAUGUGUGUAUUCUUGGUUAUUUGAAAGUUACGGUCUACAUGUUCCUUUCUACAUUCUGA